GCGUCUGAUCCCGCCCGCCGGGCAGAGUUGCGGGCUUCGCUCGGCUCGGGGUUCCCCACGAUCUCUCACCCUGUCUUUCGGAGGAGUUGCGGGGGUUCCCUCUGCUCCCGGGUCCCUGAGAUCCCUGAUCCCGCUCUCAGGGCAGGGAAUUUCGGGGUUCGCCCCUCUGGGCUUCCCCGCGAUCCCAGAGCCCGCGCUGCAACAGCAUUGGGAGGGUUUAUUGCGCUACAGGAGUCUUAGGAUCUUCGCUCCCGCCCUCCGAGGUGGGGGUAGAGGGGAGGGUUCGACUCCAAGGGAAUCCCAGGGAUCUCUAGCCCCGCUCUUCUAGCAGAGAAUUAAGGAAUUCUCUCCGCUUUGGGGUCCCAAAAAUCUCCGACCGCGCCUUGGGAGCAGAGGGUUUCAGGGUUCGAUUUCCUCGAGCGUCCCCAGAAUCUCUGACUCUCCCUCCUUGCUGAGUUGCACUUAAAUUAGAAAGGAUCUUGGAGGGCGCCGGCGCUGGCCGCUAGGUUAGGGGGAAAGGGAGACUCGGCCGGGCUGCUGCUUACGCGGGUAACCUGUCGGAAAGCCUUGUUUGUUUUUCUGGAAAAGUCGCUGCAAUGGACACAGCGUUGCGUGGUUUCCCUGCGCUCCUGGCGCACGUUUUGUCUUCGCCCUCCGUGGAUGGAGGCUGAGCGCCUCAGCCAUUUUGAGAACUCUGGAAAUUUUAUUAGCAUUUUAAAAUUUGCAUUCUCGACCGAAGAUUAAAGUGCAAAUUACUUUGAAGAUGUUUUAAAGCACGCUUAAGAAUUUUAAAAAAUAUGCGCAGGUGGAAGAAAGCGCGCUAGGGUUUGAGAUUUUGUCCGUCUGUGGUUUUGUUUUUUUAAAGGCUCGUGGCCCUGAGAAGGCAGCAGGCCCAGGAGGAGGAAUUGGGUAUCAGCCACCCCAUCCCACUGCCCAGUGCGGCCGAGCUACUUGUCAAAAGAGAGAACAAUGGCAGCAACCCGUGCCUCAUGACUGAGUGCAGUGGCACCUCUCAGCCACCGCCAGCCAGUGUCCCCACCACUGCAGCUUCAGAGGGACGUAUGGUCAUCCAGGAUAUUCCUGCUGUCACCAGCAGAGGGCACGUGGAGAACACACCUGACCUGGUUUCAGACUCCACCUACUACAGCAGCUUCUACCAGCCAUCUCUGUUUCCUUACUACAACAAUCUGUACAACUGCCCGCAGUACUCCAUGGCCUUGGCUGCUGAUUCUGCUUCUGGGGAGGUGGGAAAUCCCCUCGGGGGAUCCCCUGUGAAGAACAGCCUUCGGGGCCUCCCCGGACCUUAUGUGCCUGGUCAGACAGGAAACCAGUGGCAGAUGAAGAACAUGGAGAACCGCCAUGCAAUGAGCUCCCAGUACAGGAUGCAUUCUUACUACCCGCCUCCCUCUUACCUGGGCCAGAGCGUGCCCCAGUUCUUCACUUUUGAGGACGCUCCCUCUUACCCGGAAGCCAGGGCGAGCGUAUUCUCGCCGCCCAGCAGUCAAGAUUCUGGCUUGGUUUCCCUCUCGAGCAGCUCUCCUAUUAGUAACAAGAGCACAAAGGCAGUGCUUGAAUGUGAGCCUGCGUCGGAGCCCAGCAGCUUCGCAGUCACUCCCGUCAUCGAGGAGGACGAGUGAGCAGUGCCUGCUGCCGAUGGCGGUUCACUUGGAGUAACAGGCUUAUUCCACUUUCCAUGGGGUUUGUUAAUAUUUUGCAUUGACUCAUACUAUCUUAACUGUUGAGAACGUAUUUGGUUUAUAUUCUUUAGAGUUUAGUCCAGAGGCUGUAACACAUUUGUAAUACUUUAGGGUCCGUGACUACCAUCUGCAUGAUUUAAGUGCUUUACUCACGGAGUUUAAAUAAUAGUGUUCAUUUUUUUAAUGACACUGGUUUCAUGUAGUUUUCAAGAAAUAAAAGAAUUCAUUCAAGUGAAGCCAUUUGUGUGCCUCUAAAUGAGUCAUCUAAUUAGAUGUUACUUUUAGUUUUAAAAUGAAAUCUUAGGUGCCUUAGGGUUUUUUUUUUUUUAAGUAUUUUUUAAAAACCUGCAAAGAUAUAAAUUUAGCCAAGUUACCUGACAGGUGAGAAGAAAAGAGCAGGCAAAAUGAGUGAUUUUUUAGAAGUCUGCUAAAUGGAUAUAUUGUGUGUGUUGCUGUUGGAAAUAGCCCCACCCCAUCCUCCCAAUCCAAAACGUAACUGAAAUAUAAUCAGAAACAUUAAAGCCUGUAAAAAAAAAUUGCUGCGUUUUUGGUAAAGGGUGUAAUUUGUAAACAGUGCAAUUUAAAGUGACCUUAGUGAUGCAGAGUUCCUGAGUGGUGUUUGUAGAAUGAGUUUAUCAUACAUUCUUUCUACUACUGGAAAAAAAUGGAUGCAGUCUGGACUGUUGUAACCUUAGGUUGUAAUCUGAUUUGGAAAUAAGUACAUCUUUAAAAGUUGCUACAGAUUUGAGUUCAUUAUUUUGUUAAAAAUUGCUAUGGAGUACUUUGUUAUGUAACAGAAGCCAUCCUGAAAUGAAACUAGUCUAAAAAAAUUCAUUGUUCUGCUUAGUUGCAGCUGUACCUGAAAUAAAAAUGUUAUUGAUGACUGAA